CCUCGGGGCGCAGAGGAGGCAAAGACGAAGGAAGCGCAGCGGGAGCGCCAGACAGACGAGCCGAGCACCACCGCCACUAGAAAAGGCAGCCCAAAACCCUAGCUCCCGCGCGCCACCGCGCAGAUCCGGGCUCCCGCGCGAUGGCGGAGGCGGAAGCGGCGGGGUCGUUGUCGAGGCGGCGGAUGGAGGGCGAGGAGGGGGCGGCGGCGAUGGAGGCGGAUGCGGGGCACAGGGGGAGGGGCGAGGCGGAGGAGGCGGAGGAUGAGGAGGUCGAGAGCAGCGACUACACGUCGGAGGACGAGGGCACCGAGGACUACCGCCGUGGCGGAUACCACUCCGUCCGCGUCGGAGACUCCUUCAAGCAGGGCACCUACGUUGUGCAGUCCAAGCUCGGAUGGGGCCACUUCUCCACCGUCUGGCUUGCCUGGGACACAGCCCACUCCAGAUAUGUGGCGCUGAAGGUGCAGAAGAGCGCUCAACACUACACAGAAGCAGCCAUGGAUGAGAUCAAGAUCUUGAAGCAGAUUGCUGAUGGUGAUCCUGACGACUCAAAAUGUGUUGUUAAGCUUCUUGACCACUUCAAGCACUCGGGUCCUAAUGGUAACCAUGUGUGCAUGGUUUUUGAGUUUCUCGGUGAUAACCUAUUGACCCUGAUAAAGUACACGGAUUAUCGUGGAAUUCCCCUUCCGAUGGUUAAGGAGAUAUGCCGCCACGUGCUCAUUGGUCUUGACUACCUCCACCGUACACUUUCUAUUAUUCACACUGACCUUAAGCCAGAGAAUAUAUUGCUUGUGUCUACCAUUGACCCCUCUAAGGACCCUCGGAAAUCAGGUUUACCCCUGGUUUUGCCUUCAGCGAGGACAGACGAGCCACCUCCAAAGGUGCCUGCACAAUCAGGAAAUGGUGGCCUCACCAAGAACCAGAAGAAGAAGAUCCGGAAGAAAGCCAAACGUGCAGCUGCUGCAACUUCAGAAGGAAGUAGUGCUGUGGCAUCUGCUGACACAGAUGGAUCAGAUGACCGAGGAGAUCUGGGUACAACAAAUGAGGGUAGUCCUAUUCAGGAUGGAGCUAAGAAGCGGGCAACACGAGAUAGACGGGGUAGCAAAGGGGCCAAGAAGAAGAUGGCAAUGGAGGCUGAUCUAAAAUGCAAGCUGGUGGACUUUGGAAAUGCAUGUUGGACAUACAAGCAGUUCACAAGCGACAUUCAAACAAGGCAAUACAGAUGUCCUGAGGUUAUACUUGGUUCCAAGUAUUCUACAUCUGCUGACCUGUGGUCCUUUGCAUGCAUUUGCUUUGAGCUUGCCACUGGGGAUGUGCUAUUUGAUCCACAUAGUGGCGAUAAUUUUGACAGAGAUGAGGAUCACCUUGCGCUGAUGAUGGAACUGCUAGGAAUGAUGCCUCGAAAGAUUGCAUUGGGUGGUCGGUAUUCACGUGACUUCUUCAAUCGGUAUGGGGAUUUGAGGCACAUCCGACGCUUGCGGUUCUGGCCUCUCAACAAGGUACUGAUGGAGAAGUACGAGUUCACUGAAGUAAAUGCUAUUGGGAUGGCGGAUUUUCUUGUUCCAAUACUUGAUUUUGUUCCUGAGAAGCGCCCUACUGCUGCUCAGUUGCUUCAGCAUCCCUGGCUUGAUGUUGGUCCCCUCCGACAGCAACCUAAGACACUGCCAGACUCAGCACAGAGUUCAGUUGAUGGUGUUUCUGAGAAGCAAAAGAAGGAGAAUGAAGAAAGAGAUGCAAUGGCUUUAGAGUUGGGGAACAUUGCCAUAGAUGGCGCUUCAUCCAGGAUGGCAAAUGACCCUCAAGCAAGCACAAAUAAAACAACUGCUAUCCCUUCUAAGAAGAGCUCCGGCAAGGUCCGGCGGUUCGCGGCGGGGACGACGGCCCGCUACGCGCUGCACGCCAUCAACCGCAAGCUCGACCCCGGGGCCCCGCCGGCGCUGCACGUCGAGGCCGUCAGGGACGGCGAAGAGCCCGUCAGCUUCGGGCCCAGCGCGGCCCUCGCCGACUACGGCCGCGGCUGGAGGCUGCAGACCGUCACCGCGCAGGACGCGACCGGGCUCCAUCACCCGCUGCACGCGGACACGAAACAGGGUGACAGACAGCUAUCCAAAGAAGAUGCCGUUGAUACGGAGACAUUAAAGGGCACUUGCAUCUAUGCCGCCAAGAUCGUGCUCGCGUUUGUGUUUCUCUUCCUGCUAGGUGGAUUGCUCACAUACCUGCUGGAGGUGAUCCCUGAUAUGCUGCAGACUGCAUCGGCGCUUGAAUUACCUGAAUUUUUGUAGAACCCGCUGACUGAAAAUGUAUGACGCACUAUCAUUUCAUUAACAUUAUAUGGCAUUGUGUGCCGCAUUGUAACUUGGUCAAUUUGAAUUCGUGUGGCUGCAGCUCAUGAUAAUUCAUCAUCCUUGUUAUAGUAUUA